AUGUCGCGUUCAAAUAUUCCUAGAUAAUUGCCACGUAGAUAUUGUGUAUUAUUAUUUCAGCAUUACAAUAAAAGAGAGUAGGAGAAGGGGAAAUGCCAUUUGGUGGAUAUUAAUAACUAUCAUAACCAGCAGAGAAGAAAGUUGAUUUUGUAAAUUCAAAUAUGGAGCAAUAAGAAAUAGAAGAUGAAAAUGAGGAGGAAGUAAUUGUUUAAGUAUUGAAGAGUUAAGAAAUUGUAACCUGCACCAAAUCAUGACAGUGGAAUGACAUAUACAAAUUUCAUGAAUGAUGAUAUAAUUUAUAAUUGUUUCUCUUUGGGAGACCGAAUAGGAGCAAGAAUAAAUAGAUUAUUACAUUGUGAUCCACCGAGACUUACAUUUGUAGAUCGUUUAAACAAAUUAGAAUGGGAAUAAAUAGUAAAUCCAUUUUCUUUGAGUGAAAAAGAUAAAGCGUAGAUUGUACCUGAUAGAGUAUUGUAUUAGAUUAAUAAUAUAGACAGUAGUAGUGAAAAUAAUUGGUACAUCUUAAUUGUAGAUGGAUACAAAUAUUUAACAUCCAUUUGUUAGGAUGCAUGUAAUAAAUAUAAAGAAUGGAUGUUAUUUAUAUAAACCAAAAAAUGAAGAUAAUUAACCAAGAGAGUUUACUAAUGCCAUUUAUAAUUAUGAAAGCAAUUGUAUAACAAAUAUAGUGGAUGGAGAGAGAGAGAGAGUAACAUGUGAAUUAGAGUUAUUAACUGCAUUUUCAACUAAUUUCUGCGAUAUGCGUAUGGCAACUAAUAGUAGAGCAUAAUGGAAUGAGGAAAUACUGAUUAAUAUCCCUGCAGAUGAAUUCUAUAAAUCAGAUACUAUUAUUUUAUUUGAACUUCUUGAUUUUCAUCCUAUUUAUUUGUAGUAACAUAAUAGUGCAUUUUUGGAUUCAGAUAAUUUCUAUCGUAUUGCAUGGGGUUAUGCUAGACCUAAUGGAUUAUGUAAAUUACAUUUAGGAAUAAGCAAAAUUUAAUUAUAUAAGUAUUUGUUUGAUACAAAUUAAUUGAAAUCAGUCAGUAGAAGAGAAUCAAUACCUUUAGUAUAUUUUGAUUUCCUUUGGCUUGAUAAAGUAGAGUAUGAUGCAGUUUUGAAUGUUUAUUUAGGAACUUAACCUAAACCAUAAUUUAUUGAAAUUUAUGGUAAGAGUUAAAGUACAAGUGUCUUUGAAAUUGAAAAAGGUGAUGAAGAAGCUAAAGAUAAGGUCAAACAUUCUGUUGUUAUAGAAAAAAUUAUAGAAUAGAGAGUAGAAGAAAUUACAGAUCAAGAAAAAAUUAAUUUAAGAAGACGUCGUUAUUUAGGAGAUAAAGAAGAUCAUAUACCAGAUAAAAUUGCUUAUAAAUUUGCAAGUGCUCCUUUGGGAUGUUAUAGAUUAACAUUCAAUAAAUAUGGUAAUUAUUUGGCUUGUGCUUGUACUUAUAAAAAUUCAAAAACAAUAAUAAAAUUAUUUGAUGUAGAAACAGGAUAACAUUUUGCAACCUAUAAAGGUCAUAGGAAUAUUAUACAUGAUUUAUAAUUUUCAUAGAAUUCUCAAUAUUUAAUAACAGUAUCCAGUGAUUAUACAGCAAAAGUUUGGAGUGUACCUUAACAUUCAGGUGAUAUAGUGAGUGAAGAAGAAUCGGAUUUAUUAUUAAUAUGCACUUUAUAACAUCCAUCUUUUGUUUAUGCUGGUUUAUUUUUGAUGGAUAGUAAGGUUCCUGUAGUAGCAAGUUGUUGUUUUGAUAGUAGAAUGCGUAUAUGGUAAUUUGAAUCAAAUUAAUCAUUAUAAAUAAUGGAUGAACCAAUUUAACAAGAGAUAAUUUCAUAUGAUGGAAUAUCAUUUGAUUAAUUUGAUAAUUUAGGGAAUCACAGACAUCCAAAUUGUAUAGUGUAUGAUGGUGCAAAAUGUUUAUAUGUAGGAGAUUCAUUAGGAAAUAUUCAUUUUUUUGAUAUAAAUUUAUCUGGAGGUAGUUAUAUAGCUAGGAGAUUGAGUUUGAUAGCAAUAUAAGAAAUUAGUGGUAAUGCAAUAAAUUAAAUUUAAUUGAUGCCUCCUGAAUGUUAAGAUUUAUUGAUUCAUACUAGAGAUAAUUGUAUUCGUAUAGUUGAUUUUAAAUCAGGAGAUAGUAAAUUUCAUGAUCAUGAUGUAAUAUAUGGUUCAGUAAAUAAUCGUUUUUUUGGAUCUCAAUCAGUAAAAAUAGCAUGUAGAAGUGUUCCUAGUCCAAGAGGAGAUUACGUUUUAUCAGGUAGUGAAGAUGGUAAACCACAUCUUUGGAGUAAUCUAACAUAAACAUUACCUACUGAUUUAUUUUAAUUUAAUGUAAUUGGUCCAGUUGCAGAUGUUACUUGGAAUCAUGGAUAUCAUAUGAUAGCUAUUGCUGGUUUUGGAGAUGAACAUCCUAUAUUAGUAUAUGUUUGGGAAAGAGAAGGUGAACUUAAUUUUAUUGAAGCUAAAAAAUUAUAAGAUGAAAUUAAAAUCAAACAUAGAGAACAAGAAGAUAUUGUUUUUAAUAUCUAAGCUAAAUAAACACUUAGUAGAUUCUAAUAAUCUAUUUAAGCUUAAGGAUUAUUUUAACCAUAAUUUGCUCAAUAAUCAUCAUAACUUCCUUUUCAAUCCUAAUCUAUUUUUAAUUAGUAAUAACCUCCUAAUUAAUCAAAAACUAAUACAUAAACUUUACCUUUUGGAUCAUCAGCACCUUUUGGUUAACCAUAAUAAUAACCUUUCAAUUAAUAAUAAUAAUUACCUUUUAAUUAAGAAUAAUAAUAUUUACCUUUUGGUUAAUAAUAAUAAACUUAAGGUGCUUUUCAAUAAUCCUAAGGUUCUGCUCCAUUUGGUUAAUCAUAAACAGUAGAUCCUUUUGGUUAAAUGCCUUUCUAAUAAUAAUAAUAAUAAGUACCUCCAAAUAAUCCUAAUACACCUUACAAUGCAAACUAUCAAAUGCCAUUUUAAUGA